GUUUAAAAGGCUACAAAACCCUCAGAACCAACGACUUCCCCUUAGCACAUAUCUUCUACUAGUAUAAAAUCUUUUCAUUUUCCUCCAACGAUGGCUGCCACUUCAGCCGCCAUUUUCACUCUCCCAAAGCUCCACAAAUCCUCCACAACCCCAAAACCCCUUUUUCCUCUUUCCCCAAAACCCACUCUUUCUUCUUUCUCGCUAGUUCCACUAAAGGUACAACUCUCACUGCGCAACGUACAACCCCUCAAAUGCGCCGCCACUCCCAGAAUCUCCGCCACAAUCUCUGUUGGUGAUACACUCCCCAAUUCAACACUUUCCUACUUCGAUUCAUCCGAUGAACUCAAAACCCUUUCAAUCUCAGACCUCACAAACGGGAAAAAAGUUGUCCUUUUAGCUGUCCCAGGUGCAUUUACACCAACAUGUUCACAAAAACACCUUCCUGGUUUCGUCGAAAAGUCGAAGGAGCUAAAGUCCAAAGGGGUUGACACAAUUGCUUGCAUUUCAGUCAAUGAUGCAUUUGUGAUGAAAUCUUGGAAGGAGAAUUUGAAGAUUAAUGAUGAAGUGUUGCUUUUGAGUGAUGGGAAUUUGGAGUUUACAAAGGCUAUUGGGUGCGAACUUGAUUUAAGUGAUAAACCGAUUGGAUUAGGUGUUAGGUCUAGAAGAUAUGCUAUGCUUGUGGAUGAUGGAGUUGUAAAGGUUUUGAAUUUGGAAGAAGGUGGUGCUUUUAAUGUUAGCAGUGCUGAAGAUAUUCUCAAGACCCUUUAGAGGUUUUAAUUUCCCUUUUUUCGCUCUUGUUUGUUUAUUUUUAGGGAAUGUUCAUGAUAAUCAUGGGGCUUAAUCUUGCUUUCUAAAUUUUUAUUACUAGUCUUGUGAUGAAUAAUUCGAAUGUCUUCUGAGAUUAUGAAGCUUAGUUUGGAUAGUUGUCUUUUCA